AAGCGGCGGACGGACGGUUUGAGUGGCCGCGGCUGCCAGUUCCGAACCAACGAAGGAGCCGGGGACUCGCUUCCUUCUGGCUUCUUCUGAGGAAUGGUGUUGGGGAGAUUCCUCAAGACGUGCAAGCUGGGUGAAAUCAGGGCAAAAUGCACAGAGUCAGCAUGAAGUACGCGAUGGCAGGUAGUUCAACUGAGGUUUCACUGGAGGCGGGCUCGUUCCUCGACGAGAAUGUGGUAGUGCCAUGCAGAGCACGGCGACGCAGCAUGGACGGCAGCGACGGAUGGUGCCGCGGCCUUCAGGGUCCAUGCCGGCUGGUGCGGUUGUGUCUGCUGGGAGUUUUGGUGCCUGCGUGUCUUGUUGCUGUUCCACUCUACGUGCGCUACCACGUGCUGCACGAGCAACAGUACCCAGUCGCCUUCUCUGACGUCCGACUCAUAGAUGGACACGUUUCCACCACUUGGUGCCAGGGGCAAAAGAUGAGGGGAAACGCAUCGUUCAACGCCUAUCUGAUGCCAGAAACGCCAAAGUACAAUAACCGCCCUGCCAGGGUCAGCAUGACCCGACACAUGUACCUAGAAGAUGACAUGAAAGAAUACUGGGGAUUCUACUUGCUGCCUGGCUCCGAGGUGAAGGUUAAAGCUUGCUCGAGGGGGCCUGGUGCAUCUUUAAUCGUGAUAAAAGGCCACAAACAUUUGAGAGACUGCGCUUAUAUUGGCGACAACUCGUCAGAGGAACUAGAUGAAAUGACGACGACGGAAGACAAUAUUGUACCUGAAUCACACGAGCCGACGACGGACCGAAUGUCAACUACUUCCACCGCAAGUCGUGUUCCAGAAAAAAUCGAACCCACACAUUCAGACGGAAAGGUAGCAAGAGCUGCUGCGCCAAAUCCACUAGUCAAAGAAGGCCGCAUCAGCACCGACUCGAUCACCUCCGAGGAGGCCUUGGACGAGCUCGUGUCCAAAGUUAGCUCCCUGGGACCCAGCGGCCAAAGAGCCCUAAGGAAGCUGGCCCUGCAACUGCAUUCCAAAGAGCAGAACGACGGUAAGACGCAGGUGGAAGACGAACUAAAGGACCAAAUGUUGGUCGAACUUAUUCAACAGCUUCUCAAGAAUAGCGGCAGCAGACUGACUGUGACCACUGCAAAGGAUGAAGACGGAGACGCGAUCGACAGAGCUAAAAGGAGUGCCGACAACGGCAGCGAUAGAACCAAGAGAAGUGUUGACCACAAAGCUGAGGCUUUGCAGUUGCUCAACGAAGUUAUUCAGGAAGAAAAGGUCAUUCUGAGCCGGAAGCGGCGAAUUGCGGCCCUGCAGGAUAAGCUUCACGCGGAAACGGACUCUUUAGAAGACGGCGCUUUUGAGGAGGGUCUGGAGCCAGACGGCAUCGCAGACACGCGUGGCCACCUGGCGGAAAAUACGACAUUCGACCGCUCCAAUGACGAAGAGUGGUCCUCCUUUUCAAGCAGCGAGGAAACGCUAAUGAAGUGCGAAGGACUGCUGCUGUACCUGCCGCUGACGCCUCGGCGCGAGUGCUCCAACCCGGCAGCGGUGACGACGCUGCCCGUGGCGGACACGUAUAGCUACACCGCCACCACCAGCGGCUACUACUUCUUUGUGUUCAACUCGGAGAACGAGAUUGAAGAAAACCUGAUCAGCGUUGAGUUUUCCCUGGUGAGGACCACGUACAACACGAGCCAAAGGGUGGCCCAGUGCGACAACACAAUGCAAUGCUCCUUCCCGCUCGACUUUUUCUCCUCUGAGAAGGUGGUGCUCGAGGUGCCCGUGGCCCCAGGCAAAGAGGGACCAUCCAACUCGUCGGCUGACUCGCUGGCCAAGCACUGGAACGAGGAGUAUCUGGUCGUGUCCACCUGCGAGCCCAGGACCUCCCUGUACCUAGUCUGCAUGAUACUUGUGCCUAUUCUCAUCCUCACGUUCGCCUUCCAGUGAAAGAGACUUAAAAAUGCAGAGAAUCAAAAUUCCCUGAUGGAAAUGGACUUUCAAUCGAACUGCUGUUUCAAACACUCCAUAAAUGUUACAUUAAGCUCAAUUUGGAAAAUUCCACUCAGCAUCUCUCUCAUUCAACAAGAAUGGAACUUUUAUACCAGGAUAUUUACGGCUGUUUGUACUCAGACUUAUUUUAUUACUCAGAUCAUAUCAGUGGCGGGAUAGAAAGAUAGAUAGAUAGAUGGGAGAAAUGAGAUUGCAAAGCUCAAAACCUGAUCGUCAUCGAAUUCGCAUUUCCCUCCUCGCGCAGGUAGCCUAGGCUGGUGUAGAAUGGCACCAAUUGGUCCUUGCAGUCCAAGCUGAUUUUGUAGCAGCCAAGUUCCUCAGCAAGAAGGCUGAUCGUCGAAAUGAUCCUGCGGGAUUCAAGUUGUUGUUACAUAAUUUAAUAAUAAAAGCAAACAUUUAAAGCAUUA